UACGGGGAGGGAUGUGGGGGCUGGGGGAGGGUGUAAGGAAAUACGGCUCUAUGAGCGUCUGUAGGGGGAAUACAGGCAGGGAGCAGUGAGAGGGCUAUGGGUGUGAUAUGGAGAAACGGGCACAGUAGGGGUCUGCGGGGGGUACAGACAGGACAUAGAGGCACAUAAGGUUAUAAAAAGGCUGUAGGGGAGCAAUAGGGGCUUGUGUGGGCACGGGAAAAUAGAGGGUAAUAUGGGGCUACCCUGUGUGCUGAAUGGGAAUAUGCAGACAGAAGACCAAGAGCGAGGCACAGAUAUAGGCAGGAUGAUGGGGACGAAAGGGGAGAGUAGGUGGAUACAGAGUAUCUCCAGGGAUCAAGAAAAAACACAACAGAAUAAUGAGAAUAAAAAAAAAAGCAAGGACUGAAAAAGAAAUAAAUUCAUAAAUGGGAGUGUAACUAGGAAAAAAGAGAAAAAGCAGAGCACGCAAGUGUUGAGAUUUGGAGCAAGUAGCAGGAAAAGGCAAGAGCAUCAAGAAACAGCAGGUGAGGGGCCAGCAGCUCAGCUGGGAAAGUGAGGGGAAAGCUGGUAAGGCAGGGAAGUGAGGAAACAGCAGCUGAGGUAGGGGAAGUGAGGGGCAAGCAGGGAAGCUGGGUCAUGUUAGAAACAAGCAGCUGAGGUCAGAAGAGCAGGCAAGGAAAUCGUAGGCUACGGCAAGGGGGGAGGUGAGGGUAAGGGAGAACAGAAAGCAUGGGGAGGGUAGUGAAGGGGUACAGGGGUUUAAGGAAUACCCGUGUUUAAAAACAAAAAAGAAAUGUGAAAAAAAAAAAGAAAUAUGAGAAAAAAGGAAUAUGAAAAAAUACGAAAAAAGGAAAUAUGAAAAAAUAUGAAAAAGAUGGAGAAUAUGGAAUAAAGAAAAGUGAAAGAAUGUGGAAAAAAGAAAUGUGAAACAAGGUGGAAAAAUGAAAAAAUGUGAUGAUAUAUGAAAAAAAUAGUGAAAUAGAAAUAUGGAGAAAUAUGCAAAAAAAUGAAAGGUAUGAAAAAAGAAAUAAUAAAGAAGCAUGAAAAAAUGUGAAAAAAUGCAAAAAAAGAAACUCGGAAAAAUGUGAAAAAAUAAAAAAAAAAAAAAAACGAAACAGGAAAAGAUGUGAAAAAAUACCAAAAAAAGAAAGAAACAGGCAGAAAUGUGUAAAAAACACCAGAAAAAAGAAUCAAACAGGCGAAAAUGUGGAAAAAAUAUUAGAAAGAAAGAAAGAAACAGGCAAAAAUGUGGAAAAAAAUUACCAAAAAAAAAAGAAACAGGCAAAAAUGUGGAAAAAAAAUACCACAAAAAAAGAAAGAAACAGGCAAAAAUGUGGAAAAGUACAAAAGCACAAGAAACAGGCAAAAGUGUGGGAAAUAUAAUGAAAAUGUAUUUGAAAAAUAAAAGGAACAUGAGAAAAUGUGAAAAAAGGAAUUAUGAAAAAAAGGAAAUAUGGAAGAAAGUACUAUGGAAAACUAUUUACAAACAAUAUUAAAGAAAGAAGUAUAAAAAUAAGAAAUAUGAAAGCAAGAAACAUGGAAAAACAAAUCUGAAAAAAGAAUGAAGAAAAUAAAUAUGUAGAAAAAGGUGAAGAGAAGGAAAAAGUAAUCCAGAACAAAGAUGAAAAAAGAGAAAAAGAGAUGAAAAAGGAAAAAAAGUGAAAAAGGAAAAGCCGCAAAGAAAGAGCAGUACAGAAAAAGAAAAAAGAGAGAUGAAGAGAAGGAAAAAGCCAAGUAAAAAGUGAAGAAUAGCAGCUGAGAAAAGGCUGGACGGCAACAAAUAGAGAGAAAGCAGAGCCCAGCAGAGCAAGGGAAAGCAAGGCUGGAGGAGCAGCCGAAGGCAGGAGAGUGAAGGAGGGAGUGAAGAGCAGGAAAGAGAAAGCCAGCAGGAAAGCUCACCGCAGCAGAGCAAAGGAAGGCAGCGAAUGACAGCAAGCAAGCUUGCAGGACUGGAGGAAGGUGGGAAGAGCUGAGCCCCGGCUUGCUGCAGGACCUGCGCAGAAGGAGAAGAAGCUGGGCCCAAAGAUAAGAGGGGUUUGGUCAUUUGGGCUGUGGGCUUGAAGCAAUGCUGAGAAGCCGUGCCCGGGAGGAGGUGUGGGUAGCUACAGGCCACCUUGCCAUCUCCUCAAGAGAUGCGGGCUAGGCAGCGGGCAGGAGUGCUGGCCAGAAGCAAGCAUCUCUGUGGAGAAAGGCAAAGGGCGGAGGAGGUUGAAGGGUAGCUACCGGACACGGCCGUGCUCAGCAAGGGGAGGCAAAGCCAGAAGGGCACGAGAAGGGAAGAGAGAAGGGCGUGCAGAAGGAGUGAAGCUGCGAGCAGAGUUGGGAGCCAGCUGUGAAAGCAGCAAGCAGAGCAGGCAAGCGUGGAGAUUGGAAGCGAGCAGCAGGAAAAGGCAAGAGCAUCAAGGAACAGCAGGUGAGGGGCCAGCAGAUAGGUAGGGGAAGUGAGGGGCCAGCAGCUCAGGUAGGGAAGGGGAACUGCGGGCAGCUCAGUUAGGUAGGGGAUGGGACAGCAGCUCAACUGGGAAUGUGAGGGGACAGGAGGUCAGCUAGGAAAGUGAGGUAACAGCAGCUCAGGUGGGGGAAGGGAAAGGCAUGGAGCUCAGCUGGGAAUGUGAGGGGACAGAAGGUCUGCUAGGAAAGUGAGGGGAAAGCUGCUCAGCUAGUCGAGUGGAUAGCAGGUCAGCUUCUCCAUGAGCUCUUUAACUCUUUUUCCCUGUCUCCUCUCUUCUUUUACUUCGUUUUCAGUUCUCCUCUGCUCUUUUUCUUUCCAUCUCCUCACUCCUCUUACUGCUGUAUCUGCACUCCUCUGCUUCUGCUCUGUCUUUUAUCUAUCCUCAUUCCUCUUUCAUCUGCAUAUUUACUCCAGUUCUUCUACUCUUUCUUCCCUGUAUCCUCACACAUUUUCCUUCUGUGUCUGCUCUUCACCUUGGCUUUCUUUCUUCCAUUUCUCCUCACUCUUUUUUUGCAUCUGCACUCCUCCUUUAUUUUCUCUAUCCUCUCCUAUUUCUUCUGCUUCUGCUCUCCUCUCUGCUUUUCUUUGUUCCCUGUAUCCUGUCUUAUUUUUUGUCUGCAUCUGUUUCUCUUCUGCUGUUCUUUUUUUCCCCUAUAUUUUCACUCCUCUUUCUGCUCUCCUCUUCUGACCUUCCUUCCCUGAGUUGUCACACGUCUUCUUCAUCUACACUCCUUUUCUGCUAUUCCUUCUCUACGGUCAUCUCUUCUCUUUCUUCAUCUGCUCUCUUUCACUGUUUUUCUCUUCCUAGCGUAAUCUGCUCUCCUUUAGUGCUCUUUAAUUCUCUGCUCUUCUGUCCUCACUUCUUUUCUUGUGCUCUUCUCACAGCUCUCUUUCCUCUCUUCCCAUUUCCUGUCAUAGAUCUUUUCUCUAUUCUCCUCUUCAGCUCCUCUCUGCUUCUGCUUUUCUGUCUUAUCUGUAUCCUUUCCGUCAUGCCAAUCCCUUUGUCGUGAUACCUCCUGUCCCACCAUUCCACCUUGUUGAUCUUCCUCAUUGUUACAGAUACCAUCUGUCCCUUCCCGCCCUCCCUGGAAUGUCCAUGUGCCAGCUCCAGUUGCUGCCCAGCUUUUGGAGGACUGGCUGUGACCACACAGUCUUACCAAUGCCUUGUGCCCUGGAUUUCACAGCAUCUUGAUGGCAAGGAGUGGCCUUGUGAGGAUGCUGAGCGACGCUCUUGAGCACUGCUCUAUUCCUGGACCAGUAUCCCAAGCUCUUCCGAGCUGAGAGCCUGUCUCUCUUUUUGCCUGGGGUUCUGUGGCACAGUUAGCAAGCAUGGACUUUGCCAGCCUCCUCGUUUCAGUUGACUUUGGGCAAUGAGGAACUCGAGAUCCCCAGGCUGCCAGGAACGCAGGCUGUCAGAGCCAAGGGGUCUUGGAAGGAAGAGUCCCCACUGCCCCUCUUGCUCUGCUCUGCUUCACUGUCUCACUGCCAUGGUCAGCGCAAGAGGAGGCUCUUGUAAUAUGCAUGCGGCUGAGGAGAGAUGCAGACACAGCGGGUUUGAUGUCAGCCCGUCCAGUUUAUUAUUGCAGACCCCAGGUGUUUCGGGAGGUGGUGGGGAAGACGGGCGAUGGAAAAGAUGGAACUGAAAGCAACAGAGAGGUUGUCCCCACCACGGCUGCAGCGUGGGUCGCAGCUCGGAUGUCAGUGUUUCACGGCGGCCAUCAGGGCUGUUCAGCGGAUGGCAGCGGUGAUGCACAGCGGGUUGUCAUUCCAGAAGAGGCCGGGUCAGCUCCAUUUGGAGGCACAGCUCCGAUGCCGAGGGGUCGAGCAGGCAGUUUGUGGAGCGGCAGCUCCUGGCUUUGGAUCUGGGCAGAAACUCCUUUCUUCCCGUCUCAUGCGAGGCAGCACCAGGCGCCCACCUUCACCCUGCUUUCCGUUGGAUGCAGCGGCGUCGCUGCCCGGCUCUCCACGCCAAGCUGCAGUUUCUGGUGCUGGGAACGGCACAGAUGGGGAUCUUGUGCCUGCAUGGAGCUCUGCUUCUCCUGGGUACCCGGCGCCCCCGCUCAGCGCGGACAGACUGGCCUCCACACGGGGAGCCCCGCGUUGCUCCUCGGUGGCCGGCCCUGCGUGGAUCCGGUCCCCAUGUGCGCCGGUGGCACCACAGGGGAGGUGCUGCGGCUGCGCUCCCCCAGCAGGCUGCUGUCAGAGCUCCGGGACCACAGGGCCACCAGCGGCGUUUGCUGCAGGGCCAGGGCUGCGCGGCGGCGCCUGGGCUUUGCCUCGGCCCAUGCCUCCUCCAGCACUGCUCCUACAGCAGCGGCUUUCACCACGCUCACUGCACUGCGCUGCUCUUGCUUGCCGCCUGCAGCUUGUGCCGCCCGUGCCGGACCCGUCUUUGCCGUGGCUGCCCUUUUGGCAGAGCAUUUUGCUGCCUUCUUCAGAGGCUUCUGUUUGACAGGAGAUGCCUCUGGGAUGGCUGGCAGCUGCCUGGAAGGACAGAGCAGGAGGGCUCUGUGAGUGGGUGACGGCUUUGGGGCCGUAUCCUGCAACCCUGAGCGGGGACCCUGGGGAAACAGCUUCAAUGGACAAAUGGCAGCAGGGCAGUCCUGCAGCUCAUGGCAGCCCUGUGGCUCUGCCCCUUUGCCAGGCUGGAGAGCUGAAUCAGCUCGGAGAUGUGGGACCAGUUGUCCUCCUGACUGUUGAUCCCGAUCCUUCCCAGGUCCUGCUGCUAACCAUUGAUGAGAGGAGCAGGUGACAGACAGAAGGGUCUGGCCUUCUGCUGGGUGACAGCCCCAUGCGUGAUCUGUUCCUGCUUUCUUUUUUUCCCAACGUAGCCUUGUGUUUCCCAGGAUGUGUGUGAACCUUUCUGAUGGGAGUGAGCAGCAAGGAACCGAGCGGGUCACAGCUUCCAUCCUGCCCUGCACCUGAGUGAAGGAAACCAUGACCUGCUCAGGAGGUAAGAGGUGGCUGCUGUGCCACCCCGUGGUACCAGCAUUUCCCCCUGAAGCGUGUUUUCCCCCGGAGUUUGCUCUCUACUUGGAGAUUUGGACUUCUGGAGCGUCUUGUGAGUCCUGUUCUUCAGAAAGGGUGAGUAAUUCUGUCUUUAUUUACUGGUUUGUGUUCUUUACCUUUCUUGUAUAAUUUAGAACUGUUUCAAGCAGCCGUACUUUCUGUUGCCCUUGUCUGCAGUUACCCUUCUGCGUUAUGGAGAUGGGACACCGUUUCGGGUUAGGUUUAUGGGUGAAGAGGUACCAUUGUAAUGAAGCGGAAACGGUGGUGUCACCAUCUCUGGAAGUGUUGAAGGAGUGUUUAGAUGUUGUGCUGAGGGACACGGUGUAGUGGGAAACGUUGGUGAUAGGUGGAUGAUUGGACUGGAUGAUCUUCGAGGUCUUCUCCAAGUGUGGUGAUUGUGUGAUUCCUCAGGUUUCCGCUUCUGGCCUGCGAGGAGGUAUUAGCAUUUAGUGCUUCAACUAAGUGCUGAGGUUAACCCUUGUGGGUUAGAGUUUCGUGUUAGUGCUCUCUGUUAGGUUUAAAGGUUAAGGCUUAACACUUGAUGUUAGUGAUGGUGGGGGGUGUGCCUGGGGGUUUGUGGCUUGUCCUUUCUAGUUAGGGACAAGGGCAGCACUUUUGAGAUGGAGAUGAGGGUUAAGCGUUAGCAUUUUGGAUUAGGGUUGAGGAGUAUCUUUUGGGUGAGUGUUACAGGUGAGCCUUCAGGGUUAAAGGGUUAAGAGCUGCCCUAUGAGGUUAGUGCUAAGGGAUGCUGUAGUGGCUGUGCUUAAUCAUGGCUUGAGACGUGAUUUUUCACCUGGUAGAAAGGCAGGGCCAACCCAGGGGGGCUCAGGGGUAUGUGAUGUUCCCGAAUGACAGAAGGGCUGGAGCCAGGAUCCACCCCUUCCCAGCCCUCACUGAAGUGGAAGCCUGGCAGUGGAGGCAAGGGGAUCUCACUGGAGAUCCCUGCCUACCUGAGUCCUUCUGAAGGUAAGCAGCUUCGUCCCUUGACUUCUGAGCCCACAGCUGUUGCCUUUGAGCAAACCCUCCCUUGCUGCAGCCUUGGACCUUGCUCCUCUGCUGUCACGGCUGUGCUUUCCAUUGGGCCUGGCCUCGUGGGGCUCGGCCCCGUAGGCCUUGCUGGCUGCUAGUGGUGUUGGUUGGUGGUUGGUGGUGGUUGCGGUAGCAAAUGGCCAAAGCAUUUCCUUAGUGCUCAGACUAAGGAGAUAAGUGGGAAAACAGGAAAGUCUUGAGAAGUAAGAGUGAGUGAUUGCAGUGCUGUACUGGGAGCUAUAGUAGAAGCAAUAGAGAGGCUGACAGUGGCUGGUAGUGGCAGUGGAGCUAAAUGAGUCUGUGUGUAAAUGGUGGUUUCUAGAGCUGCCUCUGUUCAUUGGAGAGGCCAAACAGUGUGGAGGUACUUGUAAUGCCGUUUGUUUGGCUCAGGAGUGAAGUGUGUUUCUCAGCUGGUGCACCUGAUGGCGUUGUGUUUGCUCGUGCAGCUGUGCUCUGCGUGUUGUAGAGCUGUCAGGCAGACGUGGGUUGGUUUGCCACUCUUAGCAAGAAUGAGACUAGUACUGCUUUCUGUAAGUGCAUUGCAGUUGAACAAUGAGCUUGUUUUGGCUAUAGAAGCAGCGUGAUUGAAGGAUUUUGGUGGACGUGGGUGAACAGGACGAGGAUUCUAUUGGCGACUGGUUUCUGUGACACGGGAAAGCCAUACUUUGUUUCAAGGAUGAAGCAUGGGAUUUGAUAGACUCUUACUGAGAAAGGAGAAAACGGGAAGCCUGUGUGGGUAAGAACCUUCUGUGAGCUGUAGUCUGGGUGCCUUGAGCUAAAUAGGGCUGUAUGAAAGGGUGUGUGUGAGGGAGGAGACAGGAAAGUGCCUUGUGUUGACUGUGAAGAUGGUAGAAUAUCAGAGCAGUGGAAAGGCAAAUUGAAGAAACACGACAGACAUCUGGACUUGAUGCACUGUCUUUCUGCCCAGGUUUUCUGUUUGUCGGUUCCUGGGACAGUUCUGUGCGGUUUGCAUCCCAGCUUUCUCCCAAGCCCUGGCUUGGCAAGCCAGGCAAGCAAUCAGAGGAAGAGAAAGGAAAAGCAGAGGAGUGGCCUUCUGAGGAAAGAGUUGAGGGGGAGCAGGAGGAGCUUGAGGCAGUGUUUUGGAGAAGUAGUGCUUUGACUUGGGGUUGUUCUGAGUCUGAGUUUUCCUUGUCCUGGGUGAUCACUGAGUGUAGCUAUUUGUUUUCGUGGAUCCUGUGUAUGCGUUGUUGGUGGACAGAUUAGUGUGUGGAAAAGACAACUGCGAAUGCAGGGCAUGGCAGUGUACUUGUGCUGGGCAGAUGUACUGAACUGCUGGAAGGACUGUGGGAAUGAGAAGCUGUAUUCCUCUUGGACAGCCAGACUGCAUCAGUUCUGCCUUCCUUUCACUGAGCUGAACACACGGUGUGUAUGAAGCCUUGUGAUGGGAAACCCACAGUCCCCAGAGAGCGGGCGCAGAAAGGAAUGGAGCUGAGAUGCAUCUGAGUGCUGUGAGUCCUACUCUGAGGACAGGGAGGAGCCCCAGCUGCUAAAACACCUUUAUUACAAAGAGUGGUGAAAGCAGGAGUGGAUAUGGAAGAUGUAGGUUGCUCUGGGAGGAAAGGUGGAAGUUUCAAAUGUUGUGCAGGUUCAGCACGCUCCUGCUGCCUUGGUGUGCCACGCUGCCCGCCCUUUCUACGCUAUGUCAGGCUUUUUUCCUUUAUUUUCUAAGGUAGGAAAACCAAUUUCUGGGCCAGGAGAAGAAGAAAUGCAGCAAUCUUCUCUGCACGGCCCACUUUGCCUGAGUUGCCAAGUGCUCCUGGGGUAAUGAUAUGAUAUGAUGAGCCGGCCUUUGUGGCAGGGGCUGUGGCUUUAUUUUAUGCCUGUCAGAACUUGAGGCCUAGGAUUUUCCUUUCAGAGUGCCCACCGUCUAUUUUAAAUGAUAAAAACUGAUAUAUUAGAAACGUCUUCCCUCCUUGUGUUAGAAUAAUGUAUUGGCUUUUGAUAUUUCUGUCUUUCCAUUCCUUUAGCAACUGGGGUUCUGAUGCAGCUGCACGCAUCUCCCAUUUUGUCCUUCUGCUUUGUGUAAAAGAAUAGUAAAAUAUGCCAUCCCUGUGUGGAAUUCCCUUGAAGUACUUUACUGACUUUGCUUUCAGGAAGCAAUGGUGUGGAAAUGAUGGUGGUGUCACCCAGCAGCCUGUGCAGCGACCUGAUGUCUGAUUGUUUGGGUCUGUCAGAAACCACCACGAUGAGGAAAGAAGGUUUGCAUGGAUUCUGUGCUGUGUCAGUCCAGCCCUGUGGACAUGGCAUGGCAGGGAGAAGGGAUUUCCCUUCUGAUGGGAAAGUGCCCAAGGAAUGUUGACAUCCCGCGCGUUGGUGUGUAAGCGCUUCUGAAUGGGCAGCUCAGCUUCUGUGUCACUCAGCCACCUGUGGCAGAGCAGAUCAGGCUUUCUGCAGGCGUGGGCCCAUCACUUUGUGCCUUACAAGGAGUUGAAAACCUUUUCUUUUUGAGUCGUAUUUCCAAGUUUCACUACCAUCGGCGAAGCUGAUGUUGUUUUUUUUUUUUUUCCUAUCCUUCAAUUCUGAGUCCCUGUUUUCCUAAAUGCAAAGGAAUUUGGAGGAACCACCUACAGCAAAGGCAGCUCGUGCUGGAAGUGGGCGGUAUCACAGUGUGAGUGAAGGCCAGUGCAGGAGCAAUUUCUGAUGUGAGGAAGGAACUCCAGGCUAAUGGACUCUGCGGCAUCUUCUGGUAUGGUACCAGAGGAAGCAGGAAUGAUAUUGCAGAAGAAUGUGAGGAACUCUUCAGCAGGAAGCCACAAACCUUGCAGAAAGCUGCAAGAGAGCUGGAGCAAGUGUGGAUGCCCAGGGGAAGUGCAGCCACAGUGUUUGAGCAAUGCCGGGCCAUGGGAUGCUGCGGCCCAAGAACAGAGCUAUUCUGCCUUUGCAAGCUGGCUUGACAGAAGGACUUUUCUGCCUUCAUAAAAAACAGAGGGCUGGCUUAUCCAAAUACUUGCUGAUUGUUUGGAAGCCCAAACCUUUCCAGCAUCCAACCUGUAGGCAGCCAGGAAGCAGCAUCUGCUUGGUCUGAUUGUGCAAUGCCUGAGCAAGAGUGUGACCCAAGCUGGCUGCACAAGAGUCAUCUUAAUUUCUCUGUUCCUUUACUUCAACUAACUCCACUGGGUGACACUUGAGUUGGUUUCUUAGCCUUUGGAUGUAGGAGGUGACCACUCCCUUUGCUGUGAUGAAAGCACAGCAGUGAUGCAGGCACUCGCUGAGGUCACAGUCGAUGCCGGGGUGGGAGCGUUUGUGCCCCAGCUGGUGAGCAGAGCUGGUGCUCUGGUGAGCAUGGUGCACGCAGACUGAGCUGUUGUGGAGCUUCCUUGAGAGAGAUCAUCGUGAGAGCCCGGUUGGAAGCAGUGCUGCGGCGUGUGCAUGAGCUGGGCACAGCUCAGGCCGAGGAGUGACCAGGUUCUUUCCUUAGGGUUGGUUUCCAAAAGGAGAUUUUGGGAAUCGAGGCAGUUGAAGAAAGCCAGUGAAGGCAGCUCUCUCCAAGAGUGGGGGCUGUGCCUGUGGAGAGGACCCCAGGAACCUGAGCUUCCUCUGAGACGUUCCCCAGCAUGUCUCAGCAGGGAGACAGUUCCCAUUCCUGCUUUGCGCGUGGAAAGAAGCAAUGCGGUGCUGUUCCCUGUGUUUGGGAGCAGCAGCCAGCAGGCUGCCCCAAUGCCAGCUGGGCCUUGCAGUGCGCAAAGGGACACAAUGGGGAUGGAGCAUCCUUAGCACCAUGCAAAAGGACGGAGCCUGCGCGUCCGUGGGAUGGUGCUGGGCACGGAGGGAAACUGAAAGCCUCCCCAGAAGCUGAUGCAAGCAGGCUUGGAGUGAAGCGCAGCCUUCCAGGAAGGCAGGGGAAGAGCACGGAGUGUGGCACAGCACCCAAGAGAGGGAGAGGAGCUGAGCCAAAUGGCAAGAUCUAUGUGAAAGCUCCCCUCCAGGCUGGAGGGCUUCCUGGAACAGCAGGCCCCAGCACAGGGGGAAGAGCUUCCCCUGCAGUUGCCAACCGCUCCUUCUGCAAGACUGUGGCUGCAAGAAAGCGCAAGGGCAUGGAAGAAGAGGAGCAGCAAGCAGAGCUGUGUCCUGCCAAGAAACCAGUGAAGGUGGAGCACAGUGGGGAGAAGGCUCAGAGCAGAGGUGGUGUGCCAGCCCCAGCGCCGACUGAGCGGUUCCGGGCCUCAAAGCGAAGAGCAAGACGACAAAGACAGAAAGAGAGGAGAGCAGAAAUGAAGAAGGCUGCUCUGAGAGCUGCCGCUGCACAUGCAGAGUCCUCCACAAUCAACAGCCUUGUGGAGAUGAUGGAGAAGCUGCAGCUGAAGGACUGAGUAGGGGAACAUCAGAAGGCAGCAGCUUUGUGGCAGCAGCCCAACUUGGCACUCUGGUUGCAGUCCAUCAAUAAACAAUUGGAGUUUUGCAUUCACAAGGAGCUCACGGCCUGAUUUGUCCAGCGGCACUCUGAGCUGCUGCACCACCUCCUCGUUAUUCCACUCGUGGCGCUGGGUCAGAACUCCCACAGCUCCAUCAGGGAAUGCUGUAGGUUAUCAAAGCAAUGGAUGUACAAAUUCUUGGCCCUGCCCAUAACCACGCUGUCUGCAAAGCACGCGCAAAGAACUGCGAGUAGCACGGCCUGAGCACAGGCACGCUGAGUUAGACAACAGCUCCAUAGAGCUGAGUUUCUCGGGGCAGCACAGAGCAUAAGUGAGCGUGUGCCCCUCACCCUGCAGGUGUCUCUGUUGGGGGAGGAGAGGCUCUGCCGGCUGCCUGAUCGUGGAAGGCAGAGGUGUUCUCCUGACUUCUCUGCGGUGCUACCUUCCCUCAUUAGCCCCCCCUCUCUUCAGCCAUUUGGAUGCUUCUUUUCACCUUUGGGGUGGAGCUUGAGUGACUCUCAUUGCUGCAUGGUGUGGAAUUUUCUGGCUUUGCCUUCAAAAGCCUAGGCUGAAAACUGCAGCGUGCAUGUUAAAUGUAGAGUUGUAGCACCGUGGAAGCGAGUCACUUCUGGGAUGGAGCUGCUUUUGGUUUUCUAACAAGUGUAUAAUGAGCAAAGAAAAGCGAAGGAAGGCAGCGAAUGACAGCAAGCAAGCUUCCAGGACUGGAGGAAGGUGGGAAGAGCUGAGCCCCGGCUUGCCGCAGAGCUGCACGGAAGGAGAAGCUGGGCCCAAAGAUAAGAGGGGUUUGGUCCUUUGGGCUGUGGGCUUGAAGCAAAGCAGAGAAGCCGUGCCCGGGAGGAGGUGUGGGUAGCUACAGGCCACCUUGCCGUCUCCCCAAGAGAUGCGGGCUGCGGGCUAGGCAGCGGGCAGGAGUGCUGGCCAGAAGCAAGCAUCUCUGUGGAGAAAGGCAAAGGGCAGAGGAGGUGGAAGGGUAUGAUCCGUAUCCCACAAAUUUAUCCCAUCCCAUAUCCAUCAUAUCCACCCCACAGCCAUCUCAAACCCAUCCAAUAUCCACACCCCACAUCCUAUCCCCAUCCCUUAUCCUAUAUCCAUAUCCAUUCCAAAUCCGUAUCUCCACAUCCAUCCCACAUCCAUUCCGUAUACUUAUCCCAUGCCGUUAUCAUCCCAAUCCCAUCCCAUAUCCUUAUUUCAUUCCCAAUCCAUCCCGCGUUCUUCCCACAUUGAUCCCACAUCCACCCCAAGCCCAGCCCAUAUAUAUUCCAUUUUCUGAUCUCCCACUCUGCAUCCACCCCAUAUCCAUAUCUCCACACCCCGAUCUUAAAUUUCACAUCCCACUGCCAAAUCCAACCUCCUAACCGCAGCUCCCAAUUCCAAACCUCCUUCCCAAUCCCACGUCCCAGCCCCACCUCCCACCUGUCAAUCCCAGUCCCAUCUCCCACGCCCUUGUCACGGUUUUAUGAUUUUUGGUCAUCAGUAUUCCACCCCAUAACAUCAUGUAAUGCACUGGGGAGGUUUGACUUCUGCCGACUGUUCAUCUGACGGAGAAGAACUACGUUUCCCCAGGAGUCUUUGUGGUCAGCAAGGAGAUAGAACUCUGGGCAAGGUCACUUGAUCCUUCUUCUUCACCAUCUGCGCUUCGCCAUCUGCUUUUCUUCAGUCACUCAACUGGACUGCACUUCUCACCUCAACAUUGUGGUGAGGCCUAUCUACCAUCCAGACAGACUUUCUCUCUCUCAUUAUAUUUUUUUGCUAAUAGUAUAUUUAGUAAAUCAUUUGUUCCACCUCA